CAACCUUGGCUGGAGGCGGCGGCAGGGCGAAUCUCCUCAGUAGGGAGGAGUAUGAGAUAACCCCACGCUUAUCACCAUCCCUUUCCCCACUCUCCAGUCUCCACCCUCCCGACGAAGCCCCCAUCUCACCUCCUAAAACCAAAGCCCUAGCCACCGGGCUAGCGAGCUAGCCAGACCCCCCUUCCCGUAGAUCUCUCCUCUCCGGGCGUGCUCGCGGCGCCGAUCCGGCGAUGACGACCAAGGCGAAGCUCGGGGAGCUAAUGUGGGAGCACCGGCUGCGUGCGGCGGCGGCGGUGGCGUUCCUCGCCGUCGCCGUGGUGUCGAUCUCCGCCGUCGGGCCCAGGCUCGGCGCCGUGGUCUCCUUCUUCUGGCCGCUGCUCGUCUCCACGGGCUUCUUCCUCGUGGCCAUCACCGUGCUGCUCCGGAUCUCGCCGCCGCCCAGCGGCGCGGAGGAGUCCGGCAAGGAGAUCAUCGACUUCGUCGCCGGGUGCCGCCCCGAGCACCUCCUCCCGGAGGCGUCCGCCACCGUGGAGGUGCCGCCGGAGCCGGAGAUCUGAAGAGCCGGGGAGGAGGAGGUGCGCGCGGCCGCGAGAUGGCCUUGUUCGCCGGGGCUAGCUCAGGAGAGACGUGGGGUAACCUGUAUGGGCCCGCCUGGGAGCCGGGGGCCCGUCGCCGGGCGCCCCCGGUGUGCGGUGGUGCAGCCGUGGCUAGCGUAGGAUCCUCCCGUCUCCGUGGUGUGGUGUACAAUAGUACCAUUGAAUAAAGAUGUCAUAAAUUCGCUC